AUGUCCUCCUUCGGCACCAACUACCGCGUCCACACGUACGGCGAGUCGCACUGCAAGUCGGUCGGCGCCAUCAUCGACGGCGUCCCGCCCGGACUCAAGCUCACGAACGAGGACAUCCAGGUCCAGCUCUCGCGUAGGCGCCCCGGCCAGAGCGACAUCACGACGCCGCGCUCCGAGUUCGACACUGUUCAGAUCCAGUCCGGUACCGAGCACGGUGUCACCCUCGGCACACCGAUUGGUCUCCUCGUCCAGAACAAGGACCAGCGCCCGCAUGAUUACACCGAGACCGACCUCUACCCCCGCCCGUCGCACGCCGACUACACGUACCUCGCCAAGUACGGAGUUAAGGCUAGCUCUGGAGGCGGCCGCGCCAGCGCGCGUGAGACGAUUGGCCGUGUUGCUGCCGGCGCCAUCGCCGAGAAGUACCUGAAGGAGGCUCUCGGUGUUGACAUUGUCGCCUACGUCAGCAGCGUCGGCAACGUCUCGCUUCCCUUCGCCCAGAACGACGACGAGGUCAUCGGCAAGGAGUACCUCGAGCUCCUCAGCACUGUCACCCGCGAGCAGGUCGACAAGGAGAUCACCCGCUGCCCGCACAAGGAGACGAGCGAGAAGAUGGAGGCCAAGAUCCGUGAGGCCAAGGGCCGCAACGACUCGCUCGGCGGAACGAUCACCUGUGUCAUCCGCAACCCGCCCCUCGGCCUCGGAGAGCCCUGCUUCGACAAGCUCGAGGCCGUCCUCGCCCACGCCAUGCUCAGCAUUCCCUCCACCAAGGGCUUCGAGAUCGGUUCCGGCUUCCGCGGCGCCGAGUACCCCGGCUCAGUCCACAACGACCCCUUCGAGGCGCACCCCGACGGCGGAAACCGUCUCCGCACCACCACCAACUGGUCCGGCGGUAUCCAGGGCGGUAUCUCGAACGGCGAGGACAUCUACUUCCGCGUCGCCUUCAAGCCCCCUGCCACCAUCUCCCAGGAGCAGAGCACCGCCCAGUACGACGGCACCUCGGGUACCCUCGCCACCCGCGGAAGGCACGACCCCUGUGUCCUCCCCCGUGCCAUUCCCAUUGUCGAGACCAUGGCUGCGAUCGUCAUCAUGGACAUGGUUCUCCAGCAGAACGCCCGCAAGGCCGCCUCUUCCCUCCUCCCUCCGGUCGACUCUCUUCCCCCGACGAUGGUCUUUCCCGGGCAGCGCAAGGCCUAA